AUGAAGCCAUUUCUCUGGUGUUUCGGCAUCAUAAUAAGCAGUCUGCUGCAAAUACCUCCUAUAGAUACAGCCAAGUUGAUUCCAAACCUGGGCUACUAUGUGGAGAUGCACCAAAUGGAUUGUGUUGGGGAUUCCAACUAUUUUGCUGAUCUAUAUUGCAAGAUCCUGACCCCUAAAAAUAGGACCAUGGAGGCAUCUGUAAAUAUUAUGCAUAAGUUGACUGCGUUUAGUGGUUCGCUUAGGGUAUCGAUUCCAAAUGCCAAAAAGGUCAUAACCCAGAUAUUCGAUAUCACCUUCGAUGUGUGCAAGGUUUUGCGUGAACGCAAGCGGAAGGUAUUGAUUGACCUUCUGGUUAACACUUUGGCCAGGAACAGCAACGCUAUGGCCUGGAGAUGUCCCUUUCCAAAGGGUAAAUUCGAGUCUAAAAACAUUUCGGUUACCGAUUUACCGCCCAUGCUAACCGAAUCGGAAUUUUUUGUAAACUUGGACUUCUUUAUACCAAAGGUGGCCCAUGCAAUGAAUAUCACUCUACACGGACAUCUUUAUGAGCUUGCAAAAGAAAAGGCCAGAAGGAAGAAGUUCUUGUAAUGAUUUUAUUGUAAAAUUUCCUUAAGUGAACAUAUUUUAA